CAGCGCCAUCACCACCUCUCCUUUCUCUGAAGUUUGCACCUCGCAGGAAUAGACAAGAUCAAUCGGUUUAAGGUUUCCAUAGUGGAUUCUUCAAGCGCAGCUAUAAAGAAGAGCAUCUUUUAGAGGUACCGAGGAAUAAAUCUGGAUUUACACUCACAGCUUUAUAAUCUGAUGAAGGCUAUAAAGAAGACAGAUAAGAAUAUGGAAUUGUCCGAUCAGGGACUGAGAGGACGACACGAAAAAGUCAUGCUCCUCGUCCUCUAUCUCCAGCUGUGGUCCAGCCCCAUGGCUGAAGCGAUUCAUCCGGACUGCGCCAUCGUCUCUCGGCACCUAAUGGCUCGAGAAAUUUGUAGCCAGACGAGGAGGAACGAGGCGCAAAACCAGACCGACCAAAGUGGAUGCGAAACAGAGUGGGAUGAGAUAGGAUGCUGGCUUAGAGCUGAAGUUGGCCAAGUAGUCAACAUUUCCUGUUCUGAAGUCUUCCAGCAUUUUUCCAGCAAUCAAGGCUAUGUAUACAGAAACUGCACUGCUGACGGUUGGUCUGACAUGUAUCCACCUUACGAAGAGGCCUGUGUUUUUAGUGAUGACAGCGAGCCUGAAUCUGAGACGAGUUAUCUCUAUACAUUCAGACAGGUUUACACUGUAGGAUAUGCAACCUCGCUCAUCUCCCUCAUUACAGCCAUUGUGAUCUUUGCAGCCUUCAGGAAGUUCCGCUGCACCAGAAACUACAUCCACAUCAACCUGUUCUCUUCCUUUAUCUUGAGAGCAAGUGCUGUUUUUAUUAAAGACACAGUGCUGUUUGCUGAUGAGACCUUGGACCACUGCUCCAUGUCCACGACAGCGUGCAAGUCAGCCGUGGCUUUCUUCCAGUUCAGCAUUCUGGCCAAUUACUUCUGGCUGCUGGUGGAGGGGAUGUAUCUGCAGACUUUACUGGCACUCACUUUCGUCUCUCAGAGAAAAUACUUCUGGUGGUACAUCCUGAUUGGAUGGGGGCUGCCAUCAACGGUUCUCAUACUUUGGGUUCUAACCAGAUUUUUCUAUGAUGACAGAGGUUGCUGGGAUGACACAGACAAUGUUGCAAUUUGGUGGAUAAUUAAAGGACCAAUUACAGCCUCCCUACUGGUCAACAUUGUCAUCUUUAUAAACGUCAUCCGGAUUCUGGUUCAAAAGCUUAAAUCUUCAGCUAUGGCUGGAAACAGUGACACUGGACAUUUCAUGAGGCUGGCUAAAUCCACCCUGUUCCUCAUCCCUCUGUUUGGGAUGCACUACACUGUUUUUGCCUUCCUGCCUGAAAACACUGGCGUUGCAGCCAGACUGUACAUCGAGCUGGGCCUGGGAUCUUUUCAGGGAUUUGUGGUGGCACUCCUUUACUGUUUCAUGAAUGGAGAGGUCCAGACAGAGCUGCGGAAGUGGCUGUGGAAAUGCCACAAUCCAAAUCAUCUCACGCCAGCCAAGAGAAGUCUCACACAGAUCACAAUUCGAACACGAGGGGGGCUUGGGGUGCCUCCUUCGAGCGCCAACAUCUCUUCAGUAUGAUUUCAGAGACAGUCUGUGAGAAAUAAUAUGUUGCCUGAAUGUAAAGAAAGAAGAAAACAAAUUCUCUGCUGAACACAAUACAAUGGUUUCAGAAAAGGCCACAAUCAACACUGGUACUCGAUAGA